CGCAACAAUCAUCAGGCGAGACAUUACUAUUAGAUUUCCUCAGAACUUAUAAGACUUAAAAAAUAAUAUCUCUUGGUCUCAAAAGUUUAUUCAUCAGGAUGUCAAGUAAAUAAAAUCAUACGUAGAGUUAAAAAUUAUAGUCCCUAACCGUUUAAAGUACUCCGUAAUAGUUAAGUAUGUGAACGCAACCAAACAAGCAUAUGAUUGAUAGUCUCCUUGGCAUUCACUGCAGACGAUAUGGCGUGUUUUUCUCCUUGCAGAUUAGCUUUCUCCUCCGUAUUAAGAACAUCCAGAUUGGAGAUUUGAGUGACUUCCAUGGCGGACACCACAAUGACGGAAACGGCCACCUGUCCGUUCCAGGAGAAUACGACAAACAACACAGGACGAGAGGUGGACAGGGCUCAGGUCACGGUCAAAUCCGAGAAAAACUUUGCGUCCGUGGACACUGGUGAAGCAGUGUUGAUCAUCCCCUGUAAGAUCUGUAACGACAAGGCAUCAGGCUUCCACUAUGGGGUCCACUCUUGUGAGGGGUGUAAGGGGUUCUUCCGGCGUACAAUACGUAAGAACCUGACGUACAAGCCGUGCGACGGGUCGUGUACGGUUCACAGACGGAGCCGCAACAAGUGCCAGUACUGCCGUUUCCAGAAGUGCCUUAACGCUGGAAUGUCACACGACUCUGUUCGUUUUGGGAGAAUGCCGAAGGUAGAGCGAGAGAAGAUCAUCCUGGAGCUCCAAAGUAAGAAGGACAGCGUGUUUGACGAGGCGGAGCACGAGAUCCAGCUGAAGGUGAUGAUUGACAGCAUUGUCAGGGUGUACGAGGAGACGUGCAUCACGCACGCCAAGAUGGAGGUCAUGCGCAAGAAGAUCAAGGAGAACGCCAUGGAUCACAAGUUGUACGACAAACCUUUCCCCCCUGGGGAGGGCAUAUUGGACGCCCUGUUCCCCAAGUCUGGAGUGGUCCUGUCCGAUGUACAACGCAUCUUAGACGCUCUUCAGAAGGAGACAGUCCGGGGCAUAGAGGCAAUGGCCAAGUUCGCCAAAGGAAUACCUGGCUUCCUAGAGUUGGACUUGAAUGACCAGGUUACACUGCUAAAAUAUAGUAGCUACGAAGUGUGCCUGGUCAUAGCGUCCCGGUUGCUUUACGAUUUGAAAUUCUAUAUCGGGUACUCUGGCGUGGUCGUUACGCUGGAAGCCAUGAAGUCGCUGAGUUUGUGGCCCAUCAUGGAGCCCAAGUACCAGUUCUGGAAGGCCAUCAACGUGCUGGCACUCACGGAGACAGAGAUAGCGCUGUUCUGUAGUAUCAUCAUCAUGUCCUCAGAUCGCACCAACCUGGUGAACCGCCAGCAGAUUGAGGAGAUCCAGGAGCGGAUGACGGAGGGUCUGGAGUUCCAGCUCAAACGGAACCACCCCUCCAGCCCCCGCCACCUCGCGCGUCUGCUUGUAAAGCUGGCCGACCUCCGACAGCUCGCCACCGAACACAUAGACAUGCUGAAGCGGUUCGACGUCGGCAAGAGCCCCAGCCGGCCCAUCCCUCCGCUUCUACGGGAGGUGUUCGGGAUCCAUGAAGCGCAUUAGUAGGGCCGUAAAGUAAUCUCCAAAAAGCAGAUCCUACGGUAGCAUAAGAUAGUAUCAAAAGCUGCCAGAGGAGUGAAGCUGGCCUAGGAGUGUGUUUGGCUACUGGAGUGGCUGAUGACUUCUUUUGGCCAGCUGUACUCCUUGGCCAGAUUUGAUACUAUCUUAUGCCGCUGGUAAAUCUGCCUGAAGAUUAUCCGUAGAGUCCAAAGUUUGACAUGCUGGUUCUUCAAGCCGAGUUCACACGUACGUGAGUAUAUGUUCAAGUCUUAGCCUCUACAAGGCUUCUCAAGUCACUGGAAAAAUGGUAGAAAUUGGACAAAUUUAGCCAGAUAACAUGCCAGAGGAGUUAGCUGGACACAGACCAUACUCCACGGCCAGCUAACUUCUCUGACAUGUUAUGUAUCUAUAUUUCACCAGUUUCUACUUUUUUUUCAGCAACAUGAGGAGCCUGUUAGAGGCUAAGACGUCCAUAUGGACCUCAAGCGGACUUGCUUAUGUAUGCAUGUGUGAACCCAGCUUUAACAAAAGAUUAACUACAUGUGAUUUUGAAAUUGUAUAUCGAAUAUACAGAAAUGGUAUAAAUCUGCGCAUUGUUGCUGUAAAGGUUGACAAUCUCUUGAAAAGCUGUGUGGUCAGAAGGGAUGAAACUCACGAACAAACACUUUUUUCACACAGAAGAAUGCUAUGUGGGAAUGCAAAACAAUACACCAUACUAAGUACUCUACAAUGAUCAAACAAAGCAGAGUACUUCUUUAGAUAUUUUGUAAAAGUUAAUGAUUUAUAUGUAACUGUCUGGUAAACAAGGUAAAAGAGUGGAAAGAGUUAUAUUAUCUUAAUGAAAAAGAAUGAUUUUUUUUUAAAUUAUGACUAUAAUAUGAUAUUAUCUGUUUAAAAUGCAUCUAUAGUAACAGAAAAUGUGUGUUCAAUGUCACAUGGGCUUCUUCCGGAUGCUACAUACUUAUGAACUGUUGAGGUCUUAUUAGUAUACGUUUAUUCUUAUGUCUAUUAGCUACAAUGGAUUACUAGUAUGACAUAUCAGUGUAUCUUUAAUGUACAUGUAUCCAGUAAAGUUUUAGGUAUGUUUUACACUGUAUAGCUGAUUUUGCCUUCAGAUUGCGAAACAAUUUUUAUUUUGAGCUGUGAUUGUCUACAUUAACUGUAUUUGCAAUAUUUAUGUGCCAUAGCUAGACAUCCAUCCUGCUUUUGUUUGUGUAAUGUGUUUGUUUGCUUGUGCUACUGCUUAUCAAAGAGUUAACCUGCUAUUUUCAGGUGAGAAGAAACCGAUUUUAAGGUCUAUACUGACAUUCAGUCCUAGGGUAUUUUUUCACCAAUAGUACCUUAUUCUGUAUUUGUAAACCUUACACAAAACUGUAUGUCAAUGAAGGUAAUAAGAUACAUCCAGAUAAUAAGAUACGCCAAAAAUUAUACAAAACUAUGAACCAGUUUUUAACAGUCCAGCAUUGAAGUGGCAGUACGCUUUGGUGGAGCCGUGUUAUCAACAGUUGAUAGUCACUAGGAACGUAUUAUAUAUGCCCAGUUAUGCUUUACUUGUUUCAUAUUUACAUUUUGUAGUUGUGGAAGUGAUGUUGAGAUUGUCAACUCACAACUGACCAAUCACGAUCAAGUAAGCACACAAUAAUGGACUGCAGCAGAAUAUGAUGCGGUCUCAGUGAUUGGUAGUUAGAAACUCAGAUUUGACCAAUCAGGUCGAAGUAUACAAUGAUUAAGUGCAACACAAUAUGAUGCGGUCUCAGUGAUUGGUCAGCUAGAAACUCAGAUGUGACCAAUCAGGAUUAAGCAACAAAUGAAUACCUGCAGCAGAAUAUGAUGCAGUUUCAGUGAUUGGUCAAUUCUCAAUUCCCAAUUCCUUCCAAUUAGUUUUAUGAGCCAAAACCUUUGAUACAAGGAAAAGUAUCUAUAUGUCCUGUAGAUCUUAGGGCAAGUUUCUUUGCUUCAAUGUUAUGAUGAAAUUUCCAAAAACUCAAGAAUUGUAAAAAAUUUACAUGUACUGUAAACAACAAUCUGAAUGAAAUCAAUAUUGAAGAGAGAAUAUUUUAUCUAAAGAAAAAAAUCAAGUAUGAAAUGUAUUUUCAAUGUGUGAUGCCGUAACAAAACAAUGAAUUUUGAUAUUGUCUACCCUAUGCAAAAUCACCAAUUUAUCGAGAAUGAUUAGAAGUUGAUUCACAAAACCAUAAAGAGAUCCUUCUUGGAAAGCUAAAAGCUUUGUUAUGUUCUAUUUUCUUUGUCACCAUUUUCUUAAAAAGAAAAAUUGAUUCAAUCGCACACUAAAUCUUUACAUUAUAGAAUUUCUAAACAUAGCAUUUAAAACAGAAAUCUUUACCACUUAUAGUGUUGAUCCUCCAAUGAAGUCAACUGGCUACAGAAAGUAUAUCUUUAAUACUGUAAUAUGGCAUGAAAAUGCGUGUGCGCAAUAUUGUUUUGUGAUAUAUAUAUACCAUAUUGGUACUGUAACAGUUUUCCUUAAAUAUGGCAAAUUUCAUGCAGUGCACCAUAUUUUCUUUGACAGGUAUAUUUUAGGUAAACCAAUAUAGAUAAGGCCACACCAAUUUGAUUUAUUGGUUCAUGGAUUUUCAAACUUUAAAUUAAAAAAUAUGCUUGAAUGGAAAAAGAUAAAAACAAAGCCCGAGGACCAGGUGUAUGCCUUGGGACACUCAGUUUUAUGUGUUGAAUACAGUCAUAAUCAAGUUUUCCUCCCUACCCCCUAGGUUUAUGAUGUCCUCUUGCUAUAUUUUCACUUUUAAAAAUCAGAGAACCGAGAAAUUGAAUUGGUAUAGCUUAAGUGUGGUGUUUCUAUAAUUGAAAUGUCAGUUAGACCUGGAAUUACAGUGCAUUAUGAGCCUUGACUAUAAUUACCUCGUGCUAAAGGAUUUCCUACACUUCUGCGCACAAUUGUACGUACGUCUUGCUUGUACAUCUGCUUAGUAUGUAUCACUUUGCUAGCCAUCACGAAAAGACAACUAUGUUAAUAUCAUAUUUAAUUCGACAACCUUUGUUGUUCCCAAUGAAUGAAAUCAAUCAGUAUAUCAGUUGAUGUAUGAAAAGAGCUACUUUUGUGCCAUUGUUGGGCAAAUGUGUGCCAACACGUCCACUCAAAAGUACUUUAUUUGAUUAAAUAACUUGAAAACA